AUGCCAGUGCGUGCUGUGACCACCAGGUUCAUGUACAAGGGUCUUUGCACUAUUCCAGAUGUCCUCGCCUAUCGGACCCCUGUUACCCUGCCUGAGGAUGAGGUGGAAGAGAUACGUGAGGCGUUCAAAGUGUUUGACCGCGAUGGGAAUGGAUUCAUCUCAAAGCAGGAGCUGGGGAUGGCCAUGCGGUCACUGGGCUACAUGCCCAAUGAGGUGGAGCUGGAGGUCAUUAUCCAAAGACUUGAUAUGGAUGGUGAUGGUCAGGUUGACUUUGAAGAGUUUGUUACAUUGCUUGGGCCUAAACUUGCUGCUGCUGGGAUGCCUGAUAAAUUCCAUGGAGCAGAUUUUGACUCUGUGUUUUGGAAGUGUGACAUGCAGAAACUGACUGUGGAUGAGCUUAAGAGGCUGCUUUAUGAUACUUUCCGUGACCACCUCACUAUGAAAGACAUUGAGAAUAUCAUUAUGACUGAGGAGAGCCACCUGAACAGUCCCGAGUGCCAAGUGGAUAUCGAUACAAGCCCAACACAACAGGUGAAACACACAUGUGUGCGGAAAAGCUUGAUUUGUGCCUUUGCCAUAGCAUUUAUCAUCAGCGUAAUGCUCAUCGCAGCGAAUCAGAUGCUGCGCAGAGGAAUGAAGUAA